CUCUCAGUCCGGAAGUGACUGCGCCGCGAAGGCGCCUCGCUCCCUAAGCUUGAUGGGAUUGGAGGCUGCGUGUGAGGUCAUCACGAGGCGCCGACCGGGAACGGGAAGCCCAGAUAAUUAGUUCCUGCACCUUUACUUCGAUUGGACCCAUUUUCUUUACCUUUGGGCAGUUGAGGACCUCUUGUCUUGGUCAGGGUCUCAAUAUGUAACCCAGAGUGGCCCAGAACUCAAAAUCUUCCUGCCUCAGCCUCCAAGUGCUAGGAUUACAGAGUUUCACAGGCCAUCAUGGCAGUCAAGUGGACUGGUGGACAUUCUUCUUCUAUCCUCUGCCUGAGUGCAAGUAAAGAUGGGCUGGUGGCUUCAGGAGCAGAGGGUGGAGAUCUUGUGGCUUGGGGUGAAGACGGGACUCCAUUAGGACACGUGCAGCUGGAAGGGGCCAAUGACGUCACCAGCGUCUUGUUUUCUCACUCCUGCCCCACCACGCUCUAUGCCUCCCACGGGGAAACCAUCAGUUUACUAGAUGUCAGGUCUCUAAAAGGGUCCGUGGACCAUUUUCACGUGAAUGAUGAAGAAAUCAAUUGUCUUUCACUAAAUGAACCUGAAAGUCUGUUGGCUUCUGCUGAUGACUCUGGGGCAAUCAAAAUCCUGGACUUGGAAAAGAAGAAAGUUACCAGAUCCCUGAAGAGACAUUCUAACAUCUGUUCCGCUGUAGCUUUCCGACCUCAGAGGCCUCAGAGCCUGGUGUCGUGCGGCCUGGAUAUGCAGGUGAUGCUAUGGAGUCUUCAAAAAGCCCGUCCCGUCUGGAUUACGAAUUUACAAGAGGAUGAAACAGAGGAAAUGGAAGGCCCCCAGUCCCCCGGUCGGCUCCUAAACCCUGCACUAGCCCACUCUGUCUCUGUGGCAUCGUGUGGCAAUGUUUUCAGCUGUGGUGCAGAGGAUGGUAAGGUGCGCAUCUUCAGGGUAAUGGGAGUCAAAUGUGAUCGAGAAUUGGGAUUUAAGGGUCACACUUUGGGGGUAUCCCAGGUCUGCUUUGUGCCCGAGUCCUAUCUGCUGCUUACUGGAGGGAAUGAUGGGAAGAUAAGGUUGUGGGAUGUGAGCAGUGAAAUAGAGAAGAAACAGAAGAGUCCUGCAAAGCACACCCACAGGAAGAAAGCAAAAAGAGCAGCAUGCCCCAAGCAGGGUGGUGAGAACUCCAGUGCCACAGCAGCGGAUGAGGAGGGACAUGCGAGGAUUGUGCCAAAGCUCGACAUUGAACAUGGAGAAAAAGUGAACUGGCUCUUGAGUACAAAGAUAAAAGGGCACCGAAGCCUCUUAGUGGCUGAUCAGACGAGCUGUGUGUCUGUGUACCCCUUAAAUGAACUUUAGGCCCAAUAAA